UGUCCUUUGUUAUUUGCUUGACAGCUGUAAUUCUGCGGAACCUGAACCCGCAUACUACUCUAGAUGUAAUCCUCAAUGCGUUGACCCCCUAUGCAGUUUUGUCACCCUCUAACGUGCGGCUUAUCAAAGAUAAGCAAACACAACUGAACAGAGGUUUCGCCUUUAUACAGCUUUCAACCAUUGUGGAAGCCUCCCAACUGCUUCAGAUCCUGCAGUCACUGCAGCCUCCUCUCAACAUCGACGGCAAGACCAUUAACGUCGAGUUCGCAAAAGGCACCAAGAGGGACGUGGUGCUGACCGACGGCACUCGGGCAAGUGCUGCAUCCGUGGCCAGCACAGCGAUCGCCGCCGCGCAGUGGGCAGUCAACCAGAGUUCUGAUUCCGAUAACCAGAGCGCGUGGAUGAAUCAGGACGGCCAACAAGGGGACUACUCAUACUACCACCAUGACGAUGGCUACCAGCAACAGUACUCCCAGGGCUGUAACCAGUAUUCCCAGGAUUACCAGCGGGGCUCCGACCAGCAGCAGAAGAACACCGGGCGCUCGAUGCCACCCUCCACUUACGAGGCACCGCCCACGACAGCAACAGAAACUUCAUCUGAGCCGGGUAUUCCUGGAGUCGAUCCCCUCCCAAGUCCACAGUCGUUCCCGCAAUCAGUUCAAACCCAGGCAGCUCCGCAGCUGUACCAGAAGUCAUCCAGCAGUCCUUCAGACAGCAGCCGCACAACACAGCUUCCGCAGAUCUCACGACCUCCAACGACCCAGAAGGUGGAGAUUGUGGCCGAACCCCAGCUCAACAUUGGCCAGGCUCCGGCAGUCAGCACCAGUACUCAGCCGCCUGCGGGCUCCAGCUCCAGUACACAGGACUACACCCAGUACCCUGUCCCUGACGUCUCCACCUAUCAGUACGAUGAGAUGUCAGGAUAUUACUACGACCCUCAGACUGGACUCUACUACGAUCCCAACUCUCAGUACUACUAUAAUGCACAGACGCAGCAGUACCUGUACUGGGACAGCGACAAGCAGACUUACCUCCCAGCCCCUGACCAGAGUGGAGACGCAGCCAAGGACCUGGCCUCCAAGGAGGGCAAGGAGAAGAAGGAGAAACCCAAGAACAAGACUGCCCAGCAGAUCGCCAAGGACAUGGAGCGGUGGGCCAAGAGUAUGAACAAACAGAAGGAAAACUUCAAGAACAGCUUCCAGCCACUCAGCUACCUGCGGGACGACGAUCGCCGAGAGUCUGCCUCAGCUGAUGCUGGCUAUGCCAUGCUGGAGAAGAAGAGCACGCUGGCAGAGAGACAACACGUCAUGAUGGAGCACCUGAAACGCACCACAGACAAGGUGAAAGAUGAGGAUAAUCGAGCGAGGGCGAGUCCACUGCGAGGCUUGGUGGCGGCCUACAGUGGAGAAAGCGACAGCGAGGAGGACCAGGAGGAGGACCAGGAGGAGAAACUGACCGACUGGCAGAAGCUGGCCUGCCUACUGUGCAGGAGACAGUUCCCCAGCAAGGAGGCGCUCAUUCGACACCAGCAGCUCUCAGAGCUGCACAAGCAAAACCUGGAAAUCCACAGGCGAUCGAAGCUUUCAGAGUCCGAACUGGAAGCUCUGGAGAAGAGUGAGAGAGAGUUCAAGUUCAGAGUGACAGAGAGACGGGGGAAACUGGGCACAUCGGACACCGUCGAAGCCAAACGGAAAAGGACACAAGCAGCGUACGAUAGUACGAGUCACGGCAUCGGGAACCGCAUGAUGCAGGCGAUGGGCUGGAAGGAGGGCACGAGGCUGGGACGCAAAGAGCCAGGGAUGGCCCCCUCCUCCAAGACCCGGGAUUUUUGAUUGGAAUGUCAUCACUGCGUCGUGACGUGACUGCCACAGCACUCUGCGGGGAGAGAGAGAGAGAGAGAGAGAGACCGCCUACGAGUGAAGGUGUGCGAAUUGACGAGCAGGGAACCGACAGCGUUCAAGACGACUGGCUGAUCAAACUUUCCUUUUGUUUUAUUUCCCCCCCCUCCCGUCUCCUUUCAGAGGAGCAAGGGAAAGGAUUGUAAAUAUUUUUCUCAGCGUCCGCAUGUACGUUUUUCUACUAAUUAAAAGAAUGGAACCUA